GGCGGAGCACGCUGAAUACGCUGUCAAAUCAGCUGUUUGCGAUAUUCGGUUCCAUGCCACUCAAAUUAAACUAUUUUACAUAGUUGCUAACUUAAUCCAUGGACACGACGGAACAGGGGCCUAAGGAGGUGCCCCUGGCGCUGCCCCCGGCGGUGCUCAGCUUAAGCAAUUGCCCGGGCACGACGCCCGGAACGCCGCUGAGCAAAAAUCAACUGAAGAAGCAGCGCAAGCUGGCGGAGUUUGCCGAACUCCGGAAGCUGCGUCGCGAACGGGAGCGUGAGAAGAAAAAGCAGAAGCGCCGGGAGGCCAAGGAGCUGGGUCUUCCCCUCCGGACGGGCCCCUCCCGCAAGGAGCUCAAGAAACGCCAGGUGGCAGAAGGCGGAGAGUCUGGCCUCUCGGUUGCUAUUGAUCUUGACUACGAUGAUCUGAUGCAGGAGCGGGACAUCGCCAAGUGCGUGAAGCAGUGCCUCCGCAUCUACACCAUCAAUCGGCGCAGCCCGCAGCCGGGCAAACUGCACUUCACAGGCAUUCGGCGCAACGGCCACAUCCACGAGUCGUUCAAGAAGAACGACGGCUGGGAGAACUGGCACGUGCAGUACCACUUUGAUCGCGGGCACGCCGAUGUCUUUGACCGCAGCCAACUGGUCUACCUCACCUGCGAGUCGGAUCGGGUGCUGGACAAGCUGCAGCCCGGCUGCACCUACGUCAUCGGGGGCCUGGUGGACCACAAUCACUUCAAGGGCCUGUGCCACUCGAGGGCCACGGAGGCGGGCUUGACCACCGCCCGUCUCCCUCUUAGCGAGCACGUGGACAUGAAGACCAGGGCCGUGCUCAGCACCUACCACGUCUUUGAGCUGCUGACCAAGGUGGCUGCCGGUCAGGACUGGACUGCGGCCAUACUGGACACGAUUCCCAUGCGCAAGGGAGCCAAGGCGAAAAUCACAGAGAAAAAGGAUGAGCCGGGUCAGGAUCUGGAGCAGAAGGACGAGAAACAGGAAGCUGAGUCAAGGAACCCCACUGAAACCGCCAUCGAGUUUGAAAUCGAAUCCCAUACUUUGGACAGUUGA